UCGUGAACGUAGCUGUGGGCGGAUCUGGGUUAGCCAGUAGCUGACUGGGAGAUCACCGUCGGCGUUAGCCACACAGGCUAGGAUAGGACGGGUAGGAUAAUUCCAGCCGGAGUCUGGAUUGAGAGCUACCAGACAUGAUUUUAUGGAGACCUCCCUACAAGGCCUGAGCUGAUUUGUCAGCCUUGUGUAGGUUCACCCCCCCGAGUGUCCUCUGGAUAUCAGCUGACCAUGAGGAUCUGAACGGAGGAGAACGCCUGGCACAGUGUAUGUUCACUCUAACUAAGAGAGGAGCAGAGAAAGAGCGGAGCAAAGAGAAAGACGCUUUUUAAAAGACAAAAUGUCUCAGAACAGGGAACUGGUGGUUUUCUACAUAAACUAUAAACUCUCUCAGAGAAACUAUCCUCUUAAUUACAUGGAACUCUUAGAGCCUCCAAACAGAACUGAUGGGGUGGGGGCAGAGUCGGGUGAGGAACAGCAGGUAGAGACGCACGCCAAUGGGACUUUUAACGGCAUGAGUCCUGGAACCCCCCCAGCAUCCCCACACCGGCAGCAGCAACAACAGUUGCCGGUAACGACGAAUCUGGACGCAGUGAAGGAGGCCCUUCGAGACUCGGCCAACGAGUUCGAGCUGCGAUACGCGAGCGCCUUCAGUGAUCUGCACAACCAGCUACACAUCACGCCGACCACGACCCACCAGAGCUUCGAGAGUGUGAUGGACGAGGUGUUCCGGGACGGAGUCAACUGGGGCCGCAUAGUUGGGCUUUUUGCUUUCGGCGGGGCGCUGUGCGUUGAGUGUGUGGAGAAGGAGAUGAGCCCGCUCGUAGGCAGGAUCAUACAGUGGAUGACAGACUACCUGGACAUCCGAAUUCAGCCUUGGAUUGAGAGCCAGGGAGGAUGGGAGCGCUUUGCUGAAAUCUUUGGGCAGGACGCAGCGGCAGAGAUCAGGAGGUCUCAGGAGAGUUUCAAAAAGUGGCUGCUUGCUGGGAUGACGCUGGUGACCGGGGUCGUGGUGGGCUCACUCAUCGCCCAGAAACGCUUGUAAAGAAUCACAACAAACCCUCUUUAACAAUCUCCCUCCUUCCUUCGACUCCCUUCAACUUAAGGCCCACGAAAGUUCAAAUAAUGGUCCUGUUUGUCUAGUCAGAACUGCUGAUGAUGUUUACGUCUUUUGCCCUA